CAUCACUUAAGGCGGGGCAAAUAACGGAAACUCCAAAGUCAUAUGAUCGAUUUGUGAUUCUUUCGUUCGGAAUACAGCUCUGUUCGUUCGUUGCAAAGAUGGCCAGCCAGACGCAAGGUAUUCAACAGCUUCUGGCUGCCGAGAAAAGAGCCGCGGAGAAAGUUUCAGAAGCAAGAAAACGUAAAGCACGUCGAUUAAAGCAAGCUAAAGAAGAAGCUCAAGAUGAGAUUGAAAAGUAUAGACAAGAACGGGAAAGACAAUUCCGUGAAUUUGAAGCCAAGCACAUGGGUUCAAAAGAGGAUGUUGCCGCACGCAUAGAAGCCGAUACAAAAAUUAAAAUAGAAGAAAUGAAUCAUGCUGUCGGCGUGCAUAAAGAUAUUGUAAUGCUUACAAUCUUGAAGCUGGUGUACAACAUUGAGCCAGAAUUGCACAAGAAUUACCGUAAAGAAAUUUAAGUCGGAGAAAAUGCGUUGACGCAUAUAUAAAUACCGCAUCCUAUGCUAUGAAUGUACAUUAAGUACUUUCCUUUAUCAUAUCUUAAAACGUAUCUAUUGCCGUUAUGUUGUACUUUUAUCAGAGAAAGCGUAUACCUUUUAAUCGUAGAUGGUGGUACUCAAAUUGCUAGAAUUUUUCCUGCGGUUGCUACACGACAAUAAAUGUAAUCGUAAUUAUGCUGAGCUUUUACCACCGUGUUGGAAAGUUUAAGAUUUAGAGUAGCUGCAUCGCGAUAGUAGUAUAGAAACGUAAUAAAGAGGUCGUCAUUGUGAUAUAUCAAGGCCUAGAUAUAUUAGGAUGACGUGUAAAUGUUAAAACUUAGGGUGGUGGCAAAAAUUAUACAACGUUAAAUGUAUGUCGCUAGAUGUCAUUCCAUAAUUCUGCUGCAUCGAGGACACAAAUCGCGAUUAUAGGAUCCCGUACAACCUCUUGAGAAUCGCGAACAAGCUCCCAAUCCAGCGCGAUUUUCGCGACGAUGUACAAAUACACACACACCGUUUGUUUUGUUUGAAAUUUUUAAAUGUUGUUACGUUGUAUGAAAUAAUAAUACCUCAUGUGUAUACCCUGUCUCUGCGAGCUGGCAAAUCUGUACAGUAUUAAUGUUCAACAAUAAAAAUAGCUAAAAUCUA